CUUAGUGGUAGGUAACAUUGCCCUUAGACUAUCUACAAUUGUAACACUGGCAAGGCAAGAUUUUCAGGUAAAAGAAUGAUCUCUUACUUGACCACCCAGACCUUCCCAUUCUGUUGCCCACUGGCCAGCGUUGUACAGCUGUCAGUAGAGGACAGUUUGUGUGUAUUUUCUUAAUCCAAAGCGAUUUAGAAAUAGGCUGAAUAGCUAAGUGCUAGAUGGGUUUUUGAUGCUUUCCCUCCUUUGGUUUCUUCAACUCUAUUUCUCUCUCAGUGCAUUUGCUCAUCUUUCUAGUAUUUGAGCUGCACUUUUCUAUGUGACUUCUACCACUUUAGGUAUGUGACUUCACAUGAUGACUUGUUUUGUUUCCUCACUGAUUCCAAAGGAAAGUGAGUAAAUGUAAUCCUGCAAAGGAACUAAGUGUAACAGGAACUAAGGGGAGGAGGAAGAAAACUGUUUGACUCUUAAUUUUUGCAUUUGUUCAUUAGUUCUGUUUAAGCACAAAAUUUAAUCGGCACUUUCUUCUAACUACAUUCAACCUUCUGGAUGAAUCUGUAUAUGCUCAGGAAAUAGUACAGUUUUUGUACUUUAUUUUUGUGCUAGCAUACUUUUUGGUCCAAAAUGUAUGUUUGAAGUUAGAUGGGAACAGAUGGUUAGCGCUUACUAUAAAGUACUGUGGCUACCCAUGUUUGACAUUAAGAAUAAGUAUAAAUGUUUCUGUUCCUUCUCUUUCAGAAUUUCUCUUUAAAAUACUGUCCUUUUAGGUGUACGUUUCUGUCAGGGACACACCAGAGUCUAGAAUAGGACCUGGCUGGAAAUAUCUAAUUAAAAUCAAGAGUUGGAUAAUAACGUGCAUGGGCGCUUGGUUAUGUGGUUUGUUGUGUGUGGGUUUUUUGGUGUUGUGUUUUUGUUUUGGUUUUGUUGUUGGGGUUUUUUUUUAACUUUAGGAAGGAAAUUCAGCUAUAAUGUUUGUAAUAGCAAAGCCUGAUGUUUAGAAGGUUAUAUAAACACUAUUGCUUUCUUAACAAUUUGAUUUGGCUCAGUUAAGGUCAUCUUGUGUAAUACGCACAGCUUUUAUAUUUUACCCCGCCACCGCCCCCCACACACACACCCCCCUUGUCUCUCUCCCCUCAGAACAUGUGCUCUAAGAUUCCUCUUUUUGGCAACUCUUAGCAUCUUACACCUUCUAACUGGAUAUAUUUUAUGAGGGUUAGCAGAAUUUGUAACAUUAUCAUGGUAAACAGGUAUUAAAAGAGAUGACUAAAUAUUUCUAAGAUAGAAUACCUUGACAGUGUACAAAACCAUGAAAGUGAAAAGGUGGAGGCAAGAUGCUUGAAAGAAAGUGGCCAUACCUGACUGAACUUGGUUUUGUGUGACUUUAAAAACUAAGCAGGUUUGGAACUAAGUAGUACCUAGGUGAGCAGUUGCUUGAAGUACAGACUUGCUUUGGUGAGAUUUUUUUUUUUUUUCCUUGAAGCUUCAGCUAUAACUAUGGAUACUCUUUAAUGGCUAACAUUUCCUAGUGAUAAGACUUUUUUUUUUUUUUUUAGAGACUUUGUUUGUGACAUGUAAGUUAGUGGCACGGUGAUCUUUGGUAAAUUUUUUCUUUUUCCUUCUCAUCUAUGACUGAGAUCCCUUGAGGCCUCAAAGAACAACGCAACUCAAAGUUAAUUCCUUGUAACUAUCCUGCUACAGACUUUGAUCAUAUUAUGUUACCAGAGAUGUUGAAUGGGGGGCUUUGACUGUAAAGCAAACCCAGAGAAUACAUGGAACACUUGUACAUUUUGCAUCAAGCCUCUUUUUUUCCCGGAGUGUUUUCUGCCAGAUUCACUUCUUUAUUCAAUAUUUUUCUCCUUCCACAGUGUUCACCUAACAUGAAUAUUUAUUGACUUGUGAUCUUGCAAAGUGGAAGAUUAAGCUGUGGUUUCUUAGGCAGAUGUCUCACGUGUCAGUCUUCAGCUUACUUGAGACUCUGUGUUGCGCUGUUUCAUGAGAUUUAUUAUUCAGCAGACAGUAUGUUGGAAUAGAGUGGAACUAAGGCAAUGGCUGUACUCUUCUCAAAUUUUGUUAUUAUAACAACAGCUCUUCUGUUCAGGAUAGUGCUAAAGCGAAAACUCUCUUGGGUACAAUGGGCAUCUCUGGUGAUUUUAUUCCUGUCCAUCGUUGCCCUGACUCUAGGAACUGGAGGCCAUCAGCAAAGCUUGGCUGCACACGGAUUCCAUCACAAUAUGUUUUUUAGUCCAUCUAACCACUGCCUUCUUUAUGCUGGACCAGAGGAAGCAUGUGUGGCAAAGGGCAACUGCGUAGCACCAAGUUUCCUUCCCAGCUUCCAGUGGAAUGUCACCAGUACCAUGGCAGGAGCACUGAAACCUCUCCGCCUCAGCCUGGGCCAUCUGCUUAUUCUAGUGCAGUGUUUCAUUUCUGCCCUGGCUAACAUCUACAAUGAAAAGAUCUUGAAGGAUGGGGAUCAGCUUGCUGAGAGCAUCUUCACACAGAACAGCAAACUCUAUGCCUUUGGUGUGCUGUUCAAUGGACUUAUGCUGGGGCUGCGGGCUAAGGACCGGAGGCAGAUAGGAAAUUGUGGCUUCUUUUAUGGACACAACAUCUUCUCGGUGGCUCUCAUAUUUGUCACAGCUUUCCUGGGGCUGUCUGUAGCCUUCAUCUUGAAGUUCCGAGACAAUAUGUUCCAUGUUAUGACUGCUCAGAUCACCACUGUCAUCAUCACCAGUGUAUCUUUUGUCAUCUUUGACUUCAGGCCUUCUCUAGAGUUCUUUUUGGAAGCUCCUGUAGUGCUUCUCUCCAUAUUCAUUUAUAAUGCCAGUAAACCAAGAGGCCUGGAAUAUGCCACUCUGCGUGAAAGGGGCAAACUCGUCAAAGGAGAUGCGUGGGAGAGGUCAAGUGGGGAUGGAGAAGAAUUUGAGAGAUUGAACAAACCAAGCAGUGACAUCGAUACAGAUGAAGAUUCCCUCUAGCAUGAGGCUGGCUUAGAGGAGUGCUAUUACUCAUAGUGAGAGAAUGUUAAUGUUUUAUUAACAUAGAGAAGGGUCAUUUUCCCCACUUGCAGACCAUUUGAGACUAUUUUAGGGCUGGAUAAGGAAAACAUUCAAGCCAUAUAUAUGGAGAGUUGUAUUCCCUCUUCCUAUCCAUAUAAAUCAGCAGUUCAAAAUGUGCUGAAAGAAACAGAAUUUGUAACUGAUGCAAACAAGAAGAGGCUUGGACCCUGGGCUCAGUGGUCUAGGUGACAUGUGCUGCAUUCUGGAAGGCAAUCCUGGACUCUAACCACAUGUCUUUCACUGCUUUGGUUGACUGUUCUGAGUCACUGCAACUUCCUAUAUGAAUUCCUUGGUUAGCAAAGCAGAGAUAAAAUUGUUCUCCACCUUGCAGAAGUGAUAUGAGCAUUGAUUAAUGUUUUUGCUGUAUCUUCCAAUGUACAAAUGCUCCAAUAAGUUUUCUUUUCAGGACUUAAGAUGUUACUAAUAACCUCAUAAAUAAUGAGGCAUAUUGAUUGUUUUAUUGUAUUUUGGCAAUUCAGAUUCACAUAUCCCUAACUGAGUAAACGAGUCCCUCUGAACCAACCUCAUCAAACUUUCACUUGAGAAUGUAUAAUAAAUAAUUUGGGUUAAGUAUAUGUUGAUCCUUCAAACAGGCAGAUCUCUAGAGUGUGAUUUGAGUUCAAAUGGUCUUAAUUCUGUCUUCAUUCCUGUUUUUUCAUCAGUGCAACUUUGUACUGACUCCUGUGGAGUCCUUUUUUUCUGAUUUUCUCUGAUGUGACUGAGAGCAGAAUAGAUUUCACUGACUUCAGCCACUAGUUCUCCUCACAUUUUCAGUGUGAGAUUGUUGUGUGCCUGUCUCCCAGUUGUCUGGGGAAAUGGAAAUCUGGAAUGCCUUUGUAGCAGACAGUAAAUUUUACAUGCAACUUAUGUGGCCUAACUUUGCAAAACCUUGAAUAAAACAAAAGUGUGUUAUACAGUA